AUGGCUUGCACAACCUUCCAUCUCUUUACAAGACUUCCCAACGAGCUUCGGUUUAUGAUCUGGGAAAAUGCAUGUCUUGAGCAGCGUAGAGGCUAUCGCGCAAUCCACUACAUGACAGCACAAACAGACCGCUGUGUUACUCCAUCCAAACACACCUGGGACGACUCCAAUUACAACAAAAAGAAAAGUCACAACUCAAAGAAAAAGAAAGAACCAAAGUCAAAAAACAACUCUGUCUACCUUUGGCACGCUGGUCUUUGGAUGGCAUGCUCAGAAUCAAGAGAGGUUGUCUUCCAAAAUUAG